GGCUGCGCUCAGUCCGAAUCGCGCAGCCGCCGCAGUAGUAGCUCGUUGCGCGGUUGAUCGAAAAUACGAACGAGGGUAUCGCGUGAUGGAUCGCGUCUGGAUCUGAGCAGGGGCCAGCUGCUGGUUGCGUUCGCUUUGGUUGUUCGCUCUUACAGGUUAGGAACGAUGGCGUCGUGGCACGAGGCGUCGCUGGCUGGGACACGGGGAACACCUGGCGGCCGCCGAGCAGUGAUGUUCGUUUGAUUCGGUUGUUAUUGACGCGAGGGUUGGUCGCGCGGCCAUGUCAGUCCUCGGGUGAGCGGUUCCGCCGUCAGAUGGCGCGGCGUUCGUCUCGGUCCACCCUGGCUGCGCUGGAAUGCCCUGAACUCGGAGCCUGUCGACGCUGUCUUCUUUCGUUGGAUCUUUUUUCCACGCAACGAUCAGGUGACCGGCUCGAGAGUGUUGUGCCCCGAGAAACGGACCGAAUCGACGGCGGCCGAUGAUCGGCCGUGCACGGUGACCCGGGUCCCCGGAAACGGAUGCGAACGGAACGGAUGCGCCAGGCGGGUGGUCCACUUUACACGUACGGAGGUGGUGUGUUGUGUUGUGCACCAGAAGGCGGUUCCAGUGCGCUCCGCUCCUCGACCCUUGUCCCGAUAGAUUCCGUUUCGGCCUGAAAACCGGGACGGUGCGCGGUCCCCGUGAAACUGGCCGAGGGGCCAGCCACCCAGCGCGGCCCAAACAAUUGUGUCGCGGGCCCGUGACGGCGACAGGCGCGGCAUGCUUCGGAAAACGGUGACUUAGCGACCGAGUGGAAACGGAACACGGGAGUGUCGUCCACCAUUUUGGCUGCGCGAGGUUACUCGAUGCGUGCACCGUUCUAUCAGCACGUUCCCUGUUCUAGAAGAGACGGUUUGCCCCGCGGUGGAUCGUUCUCUCGCGGGGGUUACGCGUGUCCCGUUGCCAACGGGACCUCGCGGACCAUAAGAGUGGACAGAGUGCGUUCGACCCGUGGCUACGUAAGAAUGUUAUCCCCGUGAACGAGCGACGUGCGUUGUAAAUGGAGCAAGGCGAGGGCUGUUUUCCUCGUCUGUCUCUCACCUCGAACCUGUCAGCUGGUCGCAGCGCCGAGGUGCCAUUGCUACGAUAUUUCGCGGUGUCGAGUGUCUUCUCUCGGUGGUCUACGCCGUGACCGAAAGAAAUUAGGCGGACAUUAUAAGUGGUGUCCGCAACGGUUUAAUGUGCAACGGUCCACAACGGUGAUCGGCGAGCCUCGGGGAUAAAAAACGACGCCGAGUUGAAACUGGGUUACCAUAAGUGCCGUCCUCCCCGCUGGCCGAGAAACGAUAUUCCGUUGCUCCGUGACCGUUUUUCCACGGCCGUGUGUCGUCUCGCGUUUACAACGUUUACAACGACGUGUAAUAAUCUGUCGCAGCUGAUCCGAGUGUGCGCCAGUGGUAAACCAGCGUUGAUAUUUUCAGUGGCAGCACGGGAGAACCGAACGAACCCACAUCGCUGCCGUUACAUCGAAGGACUGACCCUGACACGGACCUGGACCCAGACGAUUUGGACCAGCGAUUCUUCGGAUCGACGUAUACAGGACUCAGGAUCGUGAGAUGGGCGGCGCGAUCGAGGAAGGAUCGCUCAAGGAUCCGGCCAUUCGUAGGAUCAUUCUGGGGCCGUGGUUUUUUUCGACCUGGACGACGCGGGAAACGAUGAACGCCGUCAUGGAUCACGUUUGAAUUAGCGAGCGAAUCAGCGAUGAACCGUUUUAGGGCGUUCGGUUGAGUUCUGUCGAGCGUCGCACGGGUCGCUGGAUUUCCCGUAUUAUGCACCGUGAACUCUGUCUCCCUGCCGCGGAUAGAUUGCCGUCGUGGGAUCGAAGGCGAAGGGGGGACUAAGUAUCGCGCCGCGAUGGAGACCGAGUGACUCUUUUUGCCCACCCACCGUCGGAUGGGCUCCUCUAGAGUAGUUCUGGAUGGUUCGUGCGACGUAUCUAUUCGUCGACCAAGUGAAAACUGGUUCGGUUGUGCUCGAUACAGUGCUCCGAGUGUGUGCCGGUUUUUUUUUCACGAGGUGUGACGAGGAUUACGCGUGCUACGCACCCUUAAACCGACCACGUCCUAAUAGUUCUUGGCAUGCGUAGGCCGGUGGAGGAACCAGGGGGUGAGCAGAACAGGACCGAGGAGCAUGGCGUAGCGCUCGUUUCGGGGGUGGCUCGCAGAUCAAAGGACGCGAAAGAGGGUCUGGCCGCUCUCGAGCGAUUCGAGGGCCGGUGAGCAUCGCGACGGGGCAAGCAACCCCGUUGCCUCGGCCAACGUCUAACAACCCUCCCGUCUGUCACCGUCGACGAACAACAGAACAGAUGUCCUGACAGCGGGCCCCGGGCCACCAGGAUGCCGACAGACGACGACUAUGGCCGAAGAGAACGUCUCCUACUGCACCAACACCCGAUCUCUCAGUACGGGUCCUCGUCAUCUCCGGUUCCAGGAUCGACCGCCGUGGCGUCUGGAAGUGUCGGGUCCCAGAUCGGUGCCGCCAACCCAUCGGACUGCAACAAGCCGCAGCAGCAGCAGCAGCAACAACAGCAACAGCAACACCAACAACACCAACAACAACAGCAACAGCAGCAACAGUCGUCGUCGAGCAGCUCGGGCUCGGCCGGCGGCCAAGAGCGUUACCAGCCGGAGGCUCAAGGUCAGCUCAGCGAUCACGACUAUGGCGGCCGGGAUCGUCUCUCGGUGCUGGACCGUCACGACAAGUCGACGGACAAGCCGUCGCUGGACGACUUUCCGAAGCAGUGCGUCGGCGAGGCGCGUUCGUUGCAGUCGAGCUGCGAUCGGUUCGGUCACUAUCAGAGCCAGGACCGGUUCGGCCAGUCCUCCCUGCAGUCCCACCACCAGUACACGCCGGCCAGGUCGGUCACGUCCGGGCAGACGUUGUCCCAGAGCGUGCUGUCGGAUCGUUUCCCGCGGUUCGGCGAGCUCGGCGGCUUGCACGGCGAGCAGAGGCUGUCGCUGGUCCCGAGCGACCGAUACCAGCCGUCGUCCGGGAACGUUGACGGCGAGCUGUCCGGCGGGAACGAGUACGCGAACACCAGCAUCCUGGUGUCGGGCGGCUGCGCGACCAGCCCUUUCUCGUCGGAGACGUUCCCCUCGCCGCCGUCGCCAGCGCCCGCGAACGAUCGUUUCGUUCCACCACCGCCAUUGUCGCCCAGCCCAAGCGAGAAGUACGCCUCGACCCAGAGUCUGGCUGGCUACCCUGCUGCUGAUAGGAUUCUGCCCCCAGGUUCUCCAAGCGCCAAGUAUGGCGGGGGCACAGCGCCAGCCUCCCCGAUGCCAGCCGCCGACCGGUUCUCCUCGGCGGACCGAUUACUGGCCAAUCAGCAGUCAUCGUCAGCCGGUCUGCACGAGUGCAAGGACCAGCAACGAUACGCUGCUGCCAGCGAUCGCCUGUUGUCCGGAUCGUCGCCGGUUCUGGGAACCCUUCAAGUCAGCCUACAAGGCGACCGAGCCGGCGGCUACACGGCCGCCAAGGAGUCCGCCGGCUCCAGAUACGGCGCGAUCUCCGCGGACCGGCUCCUAUCCGCGUCGCCUAUACACGCCCCGGUGCCGGAGAGGUUCGCGAGCAAGUCGACGGACCGGUACAUCGGCGAGUCGCCGGUCUACGACCGGUACCACAGGCCGGAGACCGCGUCGGCCGUCCAUCACGAGCGUUACUCGACGAUAUCGUCCACCGCCGAGAAGUUCCUCGCGAGCCAAGCAACCGCCGAGACCCCGCAUCAGCGAUACUCGUCGACGGAGAGGACCCUGCAGGUCUCGAGCACCGGCGAGCAGAGGCGGCUGUACGCCGACCGCGGCGUCGAGACGGUCUGCCAGAAGUACCAGGACCGAUCGAACGGCUCCCCGGCCUCGGCCGACUUCGGUCGUUACUCCAGCUUCCAGGAGGUCGCCGGCGGCCAGUCCAGAUACGUCACUGCCACCGACAGGUUCAACGAGGCCGCCGUUCAACGAUGCAACCAGUCGCGAGCCAACGAUCGGUACUGCGUCUCCACCGAUCGGUUCCUCGCCAGCUCGUCGCCCGGCCACGACGGCAGGCUCGUCGCGGCCGACGCCUCCCGGUACACCGUCUCCGGCUCCUCCACGGAAAGAUUGCUCUCGACCACCUCGUCCUCAUCUUCCUCCUCCACGGACACGAUCGCCAGAUACCACUCGUCGUACACGAACACCACUGCCACACAGUCGAGCUCCAAUGAUCGCUUCACCUCGAUCUCCCCGACGCCGGAAGCUGCUGUUCCUCCUCCUGUUCUCAGGUCGGGAUCCGGCGCCGCGGUCGCCUCGGCCGGCUCCGGCUACCAGGGCGCGACCAAGACCGGCAUCGACAAGUACCUGCAGGUGUCGAAGUCCGUGCAGAGCUACGCGAGCGAGCGCUACGCCGCCGGGAACCCGAGCGACCAGUUCGACAGGCUCAGCCAGGACCGGUACGACAGGUUCGCCGGAUCGGUGGCCGGCGACCGGUUCGUCGCCUCUACCGGCGCUCCUGAUCGCUUUCAUUCCGCCGCUGAUCGAUACUCUCCUGCGCGGGCCGCGGACAAGUACUUGUCCCUGCCGAAGCCGAAGGACCGCUACACCGGCCGCAUAACGCCGAUCUCGUCCUGCGGCUCGGCCGCGGCCACGUCCACGGCCACCACCGAUCGCGUCUACGGCGGAUCGAACGCGACCGGCAGCUACGUGCCGCCCACCGCGCACACGCCGGUCGAAAGGUACGUGCCACAGCCGCCGCCGGAGGUGCUCUAUCCGGACAGGUACGUGGACAGGUACGUGCCGCCGUCCGCGCACACGCCCACCGAUCGCUACGUGCCCACCAACGAUCCAGGAGAUCCCUACAUGAGACGAGACCUCGGCUUCCAUCAUCAUUACCGGCUACCGCCGCCGGCAGGCUAUCCUUAUCAUCAGUCGCACUUCCGGCUCCGUGGCUUCGCCUACGCAUCGCCCGGUCGUCUAGGAGGCAGCCCUGGCUCCAGCAGCUCCAGCAGCUCGGCGUCUAAUCAGCGGGACGGGUUCUCCAUGUCGCCUUUGCUCAGGCCGAAGGUGCGAGCCUCCGCCGUCGAGUUCCCGACCACCUCGGCCAGCGUCGGCGGACGACACGUUUGCACGAAUCCGCCGUCGUGCUGCAACGAGGUCGCCGGAAGCGGACGAUCAUGCUGCCAGGCUAUCAGGAGAUCCUUGCCGCCCGGUGCACUGCCGUCGAUACCUACGCAGACCUCUUGGCAACCAUCGCCAGGAUCCGGCACCACCGGCACGUCGACGGUGUCCUCGAACGGGCCCGACCCCGAGAAUGGCCAGAGCAUCAGUUUGUACCCGGUGGGCAGUUCGGGGCCUUCGCAAGUGGAACCAGUGCCGGUCACGCCGGUCACGACCACAGCAACGAUGUCAAUGGUCACCCCUGGCACCGUUGCUGGCUCGGGGUCCGGUCCCAAUAUCAGCAGAAGCGUGUCAGUACCCUCCGCUCCUAAACCGCACGUCCAGGUCACCAGCUCUGCCAGCACUCCCGGCUCCCAGAGACCCAGGCUGAGGAGGAACAUGAGUCGGACGGAAGCUAUCAGGAAUUACAUCAAACGCGAAACCGCGCAAUUCUUCGGCGUGGACGAGGAGUCUGAGACCGCCGAGAGACAAAGAUGGCUGGACCGAAGACGGAGAAUGGCGUCCAGGAAAUACGGCGCCCUUGUUCCGGAACACAGACCGCCGGAUCCUGAUAUUACAAGGGACGUGCCAGAUACCACGGAUGUGCCAGAGGGCGUCACGUUGAGAAGAAGGCAACAACCGGUCAGGAGGAAAGAUUCUGUGGCAAGAAUGACGCUCUCGGGGCUCCAUUACGUCGUCGAGUCGCUGACGAGAACACGGCACAGGGAGACGCUGCAAGGUAGACAAGAAUCGCGGAGCUUCCCGCCGAGCGUGACCACGUAUGGGUCGUCAUCGGAGGCGACGUCUUCCCCGGAAAAUGCACAGGACGAGGAGAGGUCCUUCUUCGAUAGGCCUCCGCCACCCCCGCCGCCCCUGCCGCCGCCGCCAUCGCAGCAAUCGCAGUCCCAGAUCGAGCAGGGCAUCGAUGGAAUGGUCAAGGACGACGAGGACGCGGCGAAGGUCAGCGAUCUGCUCGAUGCUGCGACGGAAAGAGAAACGUCCCAGGAAUUGAUGAGGUUAGCGGUGGUAAGGCCUGAAAGGACGACGAUCGAUGGACAGUGCAGAAGAGUUCGUCACAUGCCGAGGGACCAUUAUAUUUCAAGAACAACGAGUUGGAGCAGGUCGAGGUACGACGCCUCGUUGGCCGAGGGCACCAGAAGCCAGCAGGACGAGGGGGUGACACUUAGGGGGGACACGACCGGACCUUCGAGGAUUCCAUCGAACACCAUCGACCGGAUUUUCGACAACAGUAACAGGCGACAGUACGGCAUGGGAAUUGUCGGCAGAUUCUUCGGGAGAUCGUUUCGGAAGAGCGUGUCUCAGAAGCCAGACGUUAGGAAACAAUUGGAUGAUUUCGAGGAUCAUCGGCCAUACUUCACGUAUUGGAUAACCACCGUUCAAGUGCUCAUUUUGAUAAUAUCAUUAGCGUGUUAUGGUUUCGGACCUGUCGGCAUGGACCUUAGUCACAGAUCGGGACUGGUUCUCGUGACGAGCCUGUCGUUGCAGCAAGUGGACUACCAGGAACCAGCGAAUUUCUGGUUUGGUCCGAGAGCCGCGGAUCUGAUUCACCUGGGCGCGAAGUUCGCGCCCUGCAUGCGUCGCGACAUUAAAAUCCUGAAGGAGAUCGACGUCUGGCGGGAAAGAGAGCGCGACACCGCCUGCUGCAUCCGCAACGACGACUCCGGCUGCGUGCAGUCCAGCAAAGCGGAUUGCUCUGUCCGGGGACUGAGAUCUACUGCUACGAACACGAUAUCGACCUGGAAAAAGUGGGGACCCGGAGACAGCGGACCCGGUGGACGGAUAAGCGGAUCAGUUUGCGGAUUGGAUCCAAAGUUUUGCGACGCCCCGGCAAGCAUUGCGCCGUACGAAUGGCCGGACGACAUCACUAAAUGGCCCAUCUGCCGAAAGACUAAUCCGUUCAACCAACGGUUUAGUAGAAACGGCAGCCAAAGGGGUACAGGAAGCUUCCCGGUGGGCAAGUACAAGCACAAAAUGGCGGAGCACAUGGUAUGCGAGGUGAUCGGACACCCAUGCUGUAUCGGUAUCCACGGGAUGUGUCGGAUCACCACGAAAGAAUACUGCGACUUCGUGCACGGCUACUUCCACGAGGAGGCGUCCCUCUGUUCCCAGGUCGAGUGUUUGCACGACGUUUGCGGCAUGAUCCCAUUUCUCCAUCCCGAGUGGCCGGAUCAGUUCUACAGGCUAUUCACCACCAUUUUCCUUCAUGCCGGAAUUCUCCAUCUAUUCAUCACGCUAUUGGUUCAGUACUUCCUCAUGCGAGACUUGGAGAAGCUUACGGGAUCGUUUCGCAUCGCUUUGAUCUAUUUCAUCGGGGCUCUAGCUGGAAACCUGGCCAGUGCGAUAUUCGUACCUUACAGGGCGGAGGUGGGUCCAGCAGGCGCGCACUUCGCGCUCCUGGCGACGCUGAUCGUGGAGGUGCUGCACUGCUGGCCGAUGCUGAAGCACCCUCGCCGCGCCUUGUCGAAGCUGAUCUUCAUCCUGCUGUCGCUGCUGGUGCUCGGUAUCCUCCCGUGGGUGGACAACUACGCGCACCUGUUCGGCUUCAUCUUCGGUUUCCUGGCGGCGUACGCGCUGAUGCCGUUCAUUUCGUUCGGCCAUUACGACCGUCGCCGUAAGAUCUGGCUGAUCUGGAUCUGCAUGAUCCUGAUCGUGGUGCUGUUCACGCUGCUGCUCACGUUGUUCUACAACGUGCCGGUGUACGAGUGCGAGGUGUGCAAGCUGUUCAACUGUAUCCCGUUCACUAGGGACUUCUGCGCCUCCCAGAACAUCAACUUCAAGCGCGAGGAGCCCGUAUGACACACGGGGCCGUGCUUCGAAGUCGUAUUCGAAACAUCGUCCUCAUCGUCAUCGCCGUCACGAACCGCGCUGGACGCGUCCCGGUGGCAGCUGCUGGUCCUGGCGUUGCUCUGGCACCCCGGCAAGCUGGCCCGGCCCUACCGGACGAGGCCCCGAGGACCGGGGGCCCUGUUCCGCCAGCCGGUGAACGCGUAGCCCCCGCCCGGAGGGAGGAUUUCGCGCGGCCGAUCCGGCAACGAAUCUGGAAUGAACACACGUGUUCGUCGCCACGAACGAACGACACUGCCUUAAACUUAAUAAAAAAAAACAAACAAAUUAAACGAUCCGUCCGGGGGCCCAAAGGACUUCGCCGCGACGCGACGCGGAAAACACCUCUUAUUCUUCUUCGGCCGGGGCCCCCGGCGGUGUGUACAUAUUAGCAACACAAGCCUUUACGUAAGCGACCGGUUCACAAUGGUGCUCCUCGCUGUUCCUGCGAGGAUCCACGAACGAUUAUUAUCACGGCCCGGGGGGGCGUUUUGCCCGCGGGCCGGAACACCGGAGACGAGGCCCCGUUGUUCGGCUAACCGAACGGACGGGAAGGCAUCCCGGGGCCUCCGAACGUGUACAUAGCCAAACCGACGACUCUUGUUACAUACGAUAUACAUAGGGAACGACCUUGAUUACCUUUUAAGUUUAGGGAGGAGAGAUAGGGUGAGCGAGAGAGAGAGCGAGAGAGCGAGAGAGAGAGAGAGAGAGAGAUUGAGAGAAAGAGCGAGACAUAGCGGUGAGAGUGUGUGGAACAACGUUGAAAGUGUGCGCACGUGUCUCGUUGUAAAAGAAGACGCGAAAAUAAACAAAAAGAGAGCACCCCGUACCUCCGACGCCGGAACUAUCUGUGAUGGGCCGCGCGGUUGUCUUCGAGAAUAUUUUUCAUAAGCCACGCGCUGUCAACGGCUGCCGACGGCUCUCAACAUCUAGGGAGAAAACCCAGCCCCAACCGGUUCACCGCGGAAUCGCACGAGCUUAAUUUUAAGGUCGAAUGGGAAUAAGAUGGAGGGGGGGGGGAGUGUGGGAGCGAAGAAUUGGGAAGAGAGAAGAACGAAACACGGCUCGAUCGGAGGAGGAGAAGGAGGAGGAGGGGGAGGACGACGACGAUGGAAAGUGUUAAACGAUAAGUAUCUGGUGAAACGAAUCAAUUUUUUAUAAAAAGAGAAAAGAGAAAACGAAGAUGCGCGCGAGAGUGAUCGGUGAACGGGAGCUACUAGCGAGGCGAGCGAUAUCAGGACAAUUAAUCAAUUUCCACCCUGUACAUAAUUGUAGACGACGAGGAGGAUCGGUGUUCAUGGGGGAUGGGGGAGGGGGGGAUUGAGGGGGCGAACGGACCGAGGUGUGUGGCUCGAUUUUUCUGGCUCGGAUUUUUGUGGCAAAACGAUCGGAUGAACGGGGACAGGAUACUGCGACGUGCUCGUGAAAACGUGUAUUUUAUUAUGAACUGCGCGAAGAGGAGGCCAUUUCCAUGGGGAAAUUCGUCGCGUUUGCGAUUGUUUGACGCGGUAAUGCCGGCGACGAUUUGGUGAGCUUGCUCGAUGCUGCGCCGGGAUCGAGAGGUUUCUUGCAUGCUGUAAAUUCUUCUUUUUCUUUUUUUAUUAUUUCUGUUCUUUUUACGACAGUUUCUUUUUUUCUUAAAAAAAAAACCGCGAAAACUUAAGAAGUUUUGUGCAAUUAAGGUAAUAUAUUUAUUUAUAUCGGAAGGGUGGAUUGAAUCGCGUGAAUUACAUUUUCAAUAUAUUAUUACAUUUCAAUUUCAAUCAUAAUCAAAUUGGGAAGAUAGAACGCGGAUCGACGUGAAAAUGAAUUUUUUAUUCUGAGCUAGAAGUUCCAAGUGUGUUAAAGACAUUAUAUAUUAUUGAUAUAAUUUAUUAUAUAUAAUAUAUAUUAUAUCUUAUUUAUCCUUUAUAUCGAUAUAGUAUAUUUUAUAUUGUUUUCGAAGCGUGGCGUUUUCUGCUCAUUAAUUUAUUAGUCGUGAAAGAUGCGAGUGAUCUUAUGUUAUCUAAUUUCGAAAGCAAUUGUGAUUCCUUCGAUUAUGAUAUAUUAUUUUCAAUACGAUUAUUUUCAAUUCUAUAUAUAUACAUUACAUGUAUUAUUUUAAUAUCUAUAUUAUAUGCUUUAUUUUAUCAUGUAUAAAAUUCUAUUCUUCUAUUUCCAAAUUGAUUAAUUGAACGAGCAGAUUAAUCUGGAUAAAAGUAGGGGACAAAUGAAGAUGAAAUAAUAUGCGAUGUAAAAUAAAUUUAAUAGGAUUCUUUAUCGUUUAAUUUUUGCGAAAUUUUUCAAUUUGGUUAACAAUGCAUACCACGGUUUGGUCAUUAACGUGAAUCGCAAACGGUUUUAAUUGUUUCCGUCGUUGCUUGUUAAAUCGAGAGAAUCAUUCCCCGAGAGCUUAGUAUCGAUUUGGAAUUCGUUUCUCUCGAGAGUCGAACUUUCGCGUGGACAAAUAGGAGCAAGUAUUUUUCGAUCUCGAUGCAGCAUCGCGUGCUCUGUAAGGUUUUCGAUGUGAAUCGAGUGAACGUGUCUCUCGACGAACUGUUCGCAGGCUUGGCAAUCGCAUGGCGUUCUAAUUAAUAAUUUUCAUAAAUAUUUCGGAACAUUUUCAAGUAAAUUCUAUUUAUGUAAAAGCUAUUACAAAUAUCCGCGCAGACAAAUUGAGAGAGAGAGAGAGAGAGAGAGAGAGAGAGAGCAAUUACAAUGGAAAAUUUAAAUUUUCGAGAAAAUAAUGAAUAAACGAUCAAAUCACAAUAAAUAAUUGCAAUUCCAAAGGAUCUGAUUUCCAAGCGAUCGCCAGACCUAAUCGCGAUUAGGUUCGUUCGGAGACACGGUACGUUGAGGAAACGUGUGCUUUCCGUUUGCGUUCGUGUAUGAUAUGAACCCUUUCAGUAUUUCGAGACAGCUACUUAAUUUUUAUAAUAAUCCCAGUGCCGAAAAAUUCGCGACACGAAGACGGAGCUUCGCGGAGCUUCGUGUUUCGUGACGGGAAUGAUCCUCGUGACGAGAGGACGAGUUCUACGGAAAAUCGGAAUUAUCGAGAAAGCGAGAUCCCAUUUCAUUUGUUCGCGUCGCGGAACUUCGAGCGAUUUCAAGAUUAUAUCGAUUAAGCAGCGUGAAAUUGAAUAACAAUAUACGGGACCCGUUGCAUUGAUUACACUGUGUUGUUCGAAAAUGCGAAGGCAUGGUUUUCUAUCCUCGUACGUGUUGAGCGUGCCACGAAACGAGCCGAUGAUCUUCAGCAAGCAUUUAGAACAUCCUUGUGAUCGGAUGUUGGGGCGAUUCAUUGAAAAACAAAUUGGAGCAACGCGGACUCAAAUCUAUGAAUAUAAAUGCACUAAUAUAUAGGAGCAUUAUAAUGGACCUAUGUAAACGAUCGUAAACGAUUUACCAAGUAUAUCUAAUCGGAAAGCAAUUUUUAUACUAUUUCUCUCUUUGUAUUCGACGCUAAUAUCUACAAAAAAAAGAAAAAAAACAAUAACAAAAUUUACCGACGAAGUA